CUAGUUUUGGGAAGUCAUCUCUGUUUUAUUAGAAUCAGCAAUACAAGAAGUUUAUCGAUAUUUCUACAUGACAUGGAACUCAUCUGAAAUUAAUAAUAUUUAUACGGAAUUAACCAAAUCCACACUCAAUACCAAUCUCAAACUUAAAAGAAACUUUUUACUACAAGCAAUAAUGAUGAACGAUUGCCAUAGCCACCAUCUUUUACCAAACCAAUGUGGCUCGAGCCUAGUUCAAACCAUAGACGCACCACUACCACUUGUUUGGUCCAUAAUUCGUCGUUUCGACCACCCACAAGGCUACAAACGAUUCAUAAAGAGUUGCAUCAUGCGCAGUGGCGGCGGCGGCGUAGGAAGUGUACGAGAAGUGAUGAUUAUCUCCGGUUUACCGGCCACAACCAGCACGGAGAGGCUUGACGAACUUGAUGAUGAGCUGCAUGUUAUGGUGGUUAGCAUUAUUGGUGGAGAUCAUAGGCUUGAAAACUACCAUUCUACCACCACUUUACAUGAAAGUGAAGGAGGGUCGAAAACAAUGGUGACAGAGUCGUACGUGGUGGACAUUCCGCCGGGAAACAGCAAGGAGGAUACAUGGACGUUUGCGGAAGCGAUUAUAGGGUGGAAUCUUAAGUCACUUGCAACCGUUUCCGAGGACAAGGUUAGGAAUUGUGAAGCUUAGAGUUUUAAUUUAUAUAUUUGUAAGCCUCUCAAAUGUUUAUUACAUUAUGUUUUCAUUCCUUUGUUUCUACUUCGGAGGCUGUAGAUAGAGGAUGUUAUAUAAUAU